AACACCAGUUCCUCGUUACUGUGUGUCUUGUGCGACGCAUGUUCAUGUUUUACCCUGAACCAUGGAAUGGCAUUGCGAUGCACCAACCAACGAGUGUCUAAAGGAUGAGCUGAUGUAUCAGUCUGAGGUCAAUCUGAAGGUGGUUUUGGAUCUCCAACCUAAACCGUAGAAAAGGGAUGUUGGUCAAUGUGACCCAAAACGACCCAUAUGAGCAUUUUUCUUGUCCAGCACCCCUAUCUGCUGGUCGAAUAAACCAGCAAUACUUCAAGUUUCUGGUUUCUGCAAAAGCAAAAUGGAUGACAUUGACUUCUACCUCAGUGAAAAAUGUUAAUUUGAAGAGAUAGCUUUUGGCAUUAAAAAACCUGGGGUCUGUUUUAUAUGACUGAAGGCUGCAAUGACAUUUAGGAUUAUCAAGUUGAUCGCUAUAUUACUACAGGAAGUUAUCAUCAUUUAUGGUGGCCUAAAUUGACUUGGGUGUAAGCUAGCUCACUCUUGGCCGUACUUGACCAUUAGGUUAUCUGCUAAUUAGAUCACUUUCUGUAGGACUACACCCCCGGUGUUGAUCAUUUAGGUAGUCUUUAAUGCCCUCUUUCAUACAAAUGAGGUCUCUAGCUUGCGUCAACAACCCUCCGGUCACUAAUUGCAUCUCUUUCUGUAGGGCCCCCAUGCUGAUCAUUUUAGGAGUCUUUGAAAAUCCCUUUGUCCACCUUUUACUAUUGAUUCCAUUCAUGAUUAAAAAAGAUGAAUGUUCAAAAGAGUGCAGAGCAACACAUGCAACGUCACCAUCCACAACCGCUGUCGAGACUCCCUGCUCAACUGUGUCAAAAUGAAACAGCGGCAGCAGAAGAUGGUACAGACGCGCAAUAACUCAUCCAUGCAGAACGUCAACCUACGCACUAAAACCACGGUGAGGCGGGAGCGGCCCAGCUCAGCCAUCUACCACUCAGACAGCAUCCGCCAGUCGCUGCUGGGCUCGCGGAGGGGCCGCUCCACCCUCUCUCUGGCUAAGAGCGUGUCCAGCAACAACAUCGCCGGGAACCUGAAUGAGGACUCUCCGAUGGGCUUCCGCAGGAUACUGUCCCAGUCCACCGACUCGCUGAACUUCAGGAACAGGGCCGUCUCUAUGGAGUCACUGAAUGACGAGGGAGAGGCCUACUACGUGUCCAUGCUGGAGGAGCUGGACAUCGAGGAGCGAGACUUCGAGGCCGACUCCUGGAGCAUGGCGGUGGACACCAGCUACCUGCAGGCCCACCGCAAAGACGUGAUCAAGAGGCAGGAUGUGAUCUACGAGCUCAUCCAGACGGAGCUGCACCACAUGCGCACUCUGCGCAUCAUGGACCACGUGUUCCGCCAGGGCAUGCUGGAGGACGUGGGGCUGGACCCGGGCACCGUGCACGUCCUCUUCCCCUGCCUGGACCAGCUGCUGCUGCUGCACUCUCGCUUCCUGGCGCAGCUCAUCCUGCGUCGCAACUACAGCCUUCAAGCCGGCUCCACCUACAACUUCACCAUCCUGCAGCUGGGCGACGUGCUGCUGGAGCAGUUCUCAGGCCACUGUGCAGAUGAGAUGAGGAAGACGUAUGCAGAGUUCUGCAGUCGCCACCUGAAGGCUGUCAAACUAUACAAGGAGCUGCUCGCCAAAGACAAGAAGUUCCAGUACUUUAUACGGCGGGUAGGUCGAGGGAACCUCUUACGUCGGCAUGGUGUCCAAGAAUGUAUCCUGCUGGUCACCCAGAGAAUCACUAAGUAUCCCGUCCUCCUCCAGCGCAUCCUGGACAACACUAACGACAGUGAAGAAGCGUCGGUGCUGGCCCAGGCGCUCUCCUCCAUCAAAGAACUGCUCAGUUCCAUUGACAACCAGGUGGUGGAGCUGGAGCGGACCCACAGGCUGCAGGAGAUCCAGGCCAAGCUGGACCCGCGGGCCGAGGCCAAGGUCCGGGACGGGGGCGUGUUCCGGGCCAGCGAGCUGCUCCGCCGCAGGCUGGUCCACGAGGGGGCGCUGCUCUGGAAGAACCCGGGGUCCCGGCUCAAAGAUGUGCAGGUUCUACUAAUGGCAGAUGUCCUGGUUUUCCUGCAGGAGAAAGACCAGCGGUACAUAUUCCCAAUUCUGGAUAAGGACAAGUCUACCGUGCUCUCCCUUCACGGGCUCAUCAUACGGGACAUCGCCAACCAGGAGAGGGGCAUGUUCCUGAUCAGCGGCUCUUCCCCCGCGGAGAUGUACGAGCUGCACUGCGCCUCCAGGGAAGAUAAACACAUCUGGAAGCGGGAGAUCCACCACGCGGUCACCAACUGCCCUUCGCAAGAGGAGUUUCCACUCAUUGAGACUGAGGACAAGGCUCUUCUGAGAAGAAUCAAAGCGGACAUCCAGCAGAAGGACCGGGAGGUGGUGGAGCUGCUCCAGGAGCGGGUCACCCUGUUCUCCGACCUGGCCGAGGUGACGGGGGCGUGCGAGGUCCCGCUGCCCAUCAACACGCGCAACCUGUUCAGGGCCAACACGGCGCAGGCGCCGCGCGCUGAGAAGCUGCUGCUGGACUCCAUCGCAGAGGUGGACAUGCUGAGCGAGCUGCUGCUGGGGGUGAGUCUGGACAUCCCCCUCUCCUACGUGACCGACUGCCCUCACCAUCACAUCGGAGCCCACGUCAUCAAUGGUCAGGAGAUGAUGGCCAAUGGGGAGAAUGAUUCCUCCGCCGUGAAGGAUCAUAAGCAGAAUCGAGACAAGCCCCGGAGUGAGGAUAUCUGCCAUCGGCUCAUGAACCUCAGUGCCUAUCUUCACGCUCUUCAGGGGGCCGUCAUCAAACAAGACUCCAUCCUGGAGCUGUGUCUGUGGCAGGAGGGCCCGGGGGCGGGCUCCCACGCCGGCCGGCUGUGGCGCUCCCUGUCGCGGGAGGCGGGCGCGGGGGACGGCGGGGCGGGCUCGGCCCUGGGGGAGCUGGCCCUGCUGCAGAGGCAGCACAGCCUGCUGCAGGAGGAGCUGGGCCGGCUGCGGGGGGCCGAGGGCCGGCUGAGGGACAGCGAGAAGGCCCGGGCCCAGCUGGAGAGGCAGGUCCGCGGCCUGGGGGGCCCCCAGGAGGGCCCCGGGUCCACCCAGCAGUUCCACUCGAAGCAAACUUCCAGAACGGACGAGCUGGACUCAUGCCGGGACCCCCACGGCGCAUUCGACGAGCUGCAGGACUGUAGUGACGCGGAGGAGGAGGUGCUCUCCGAUGACGAUGAGAGGAGGUCGUCUGGCCGCUCGGAGAGCCCCAGGGAUCUUCAGGAUAUUCCAGAAGAGGCUGAAAUUGGAGUAGAAAUUCGCAUGCCCAAAAUGUCUGCCUGUUAAAAAGCCCUUCCAGACGGCUGAAAGCCCCUAUUCUUAAUCCUGUCCUCUGCACAAUAGAUGGGUUCCAAAGAGACGCAGCCCUGGAGGAGCUCCUCUUCUGACUGAAGUAUGAGGUUUCAUGAUCUGCACAGGUAGAGUUAUUUGUGCAGUAUUUUCUAGGUUGUGUAAUGUGUAUGUGUCUUCAUUUUGGGUUGAUACUUCCAGGCGUCUCUGGUCUGAUGAGUAUGUGUGGUUACAAGGGAGGAAUUGCUAGUAAAGGUUUUUAUGCUGUUGCUAAUGCUUUGUACUUUUUUGUGCAUCUAAUCAAUGAAAGGAUGAAUAAGGGGAACACUUUUGGUUCAUAUCUGAAACAUACUUAAAGGUCCAGUGUGUAAAAGAGAGGUGGCAUCUAGUGGUGAGGUUGCAGAUUGUAACCAACUGAAUCCCAGGUGUCCUGUACUGGCCUGUAUUGUGGAAGGUGCCCUGUACUGGCCUGUAUUGUGGAAGGUGUCCUAUACUGGCCUGUAUAACCUGCUCCCCACGUAGAUAUAAAGGGCUGAACCUAAGGUAACGACAGCACAACGUUCCUCAUUUUAUUGGGAUUAUACACUAAUCAAACCAUACUUAGGAAUGUUGUGUUUCCUAUACUGCCAUGUCCUUUCAGCUAGAUGCCAAUAAAUUCUACAGACUGGACCUUUAAGAUAAACCAAAUAUUCUGUAUGAUUUUGCAACGAAAACUAUAGUACUUUGCACAAACAUAAACAGCUGAGUUCCGUCUUUAAGAAAUAAUUCGCCCAACAAUGUAAUAUUCUAAAAUCCCCUUACCUACUCUUGAACCGUUUAAAAUAGUCUACAUUUAGGAAACAUUAUCAAUUUUUUAGCACAAAUGUGUGCGAUUUGUAGAUAUCUAGGAUUUCCACUGACCUGAAACCCCAAACGCCCUGCGUGAGAGAGAAGUGGCCCCAGGUCCAACCCCGCGUGGCCCGGAGGCAGGCUCUAGGUCUUCUGCAUUGACCAACUGAAAAGGGAAAAGGGUUUCCAUUUUGAUUCCCAUUCCGACAUCUGGAAACGUAGCGCUGUGAUGUCAUGGUUGAAGCCAUAAUUUAUACACAUUUAUAUUAGGGUGAAUUAUUCCUAUUUUAUUGAGGUCAUGACAUUUUACUGUUAUGUAUGCAUCCUCAAAACGUGAAUGUAAACCAAUAGCGUUACAGUUUAGAAAUCAUCAAAUCUGAAACAUUGAUGCCAGUAAAACGCUUAGCUCCUGACUAACUUUAUUAACUGGCUGGCCUUCAAGCUCUUCUAAUCACAAAGAAAGGUGUUGGUGUCGGCUGAAUCCUCUUUUCUUUGUAACUAAACAAUAUACGUGAUGCUUGUCAGUGUGCAGAGUAUCCUUAUGUAACGAUGAGGGCUCAUAAGAAAACAAAAUGAAAAUAUAUUUUUUAUAUAAGUAGUCAUGUAGAAGUUUUGCAUGAAUUUGCAUGUUAUUUAGUAUAUUUUAGCUCAAAUACAUUCAAGUUGCUGAAGCUAAUACUUGCGAGCUAUAUUUGAAUUGAAUAAGGAUGCAGUGAGGGGACAUUUUGGGGGAAUCUCUUUACACAUCUCCCAUCGUACUUGCUGUAGCUUUAAUACAAAUAAUGGUAAAAACAAUUAAAAUAUAUUGAUUGAAGAAUGCUGUUUUGUUUUAGUUGAACAUGUGGGAAAUUAAUUGAAUGCCAAAUGCCCAACAUGUAGAUUUGGAAGUAUUUUUAAUCAAGUAUUUUAAUCAAGAGGAUAGGCGACUUUCCCAGAGAACCAGCUCAAUAGUGAUAGUGCAGGCUAAUUCAAUGUGAAUAUGGGUCCUGUCGAUCAAUAGGGAUUAUAUGACCACAACCGGACAAGCAAUUCAAAUGUGAAACAUACUUUGCAAUACACAUGAGCCAUUAAACAGACAUACUAAUGAAGUGGGAGUUUCAUUUAUUUCUAUAAAGUUUCUGUCGAUUUUCAUGCAGAUGUUUUAAAGACCUACGUAGUGCCUACUGCUAUUGUUGCUGCUAUAUAUGCCACAUAUAGUUCAUUCCGAUAAGAAAUAUAUUUAUUGUGUUCUCUAUCAAGUACAACUUUUUUGAUUUAUGGAUGACAUAAUCAGGCUUUCAAAUGUGUGUUCUUAUAUAGGCUAUGAUAUUGGUUUUGGCUAAACCUAGAAACUCUAGCACAAACACAAGUUAUGCUUUAUAUGUAUAUUUAUAUGCUCCUUUUCAUUCAGUGAUAGCUUAUGCUGUUGCAUGCUGUUACACACUGUUAAAGGAUGUUACAGGCUGCUACAUGCUGUUACAUGGGGUUACACGCUGUUGCAUGGGAUUACACGCUGUACCCUGCUACACUGAGCCAACAGCGUAGCGUUGGCCGCGGCAGGGAUGGUUUUCGUGUCAUCGUGGCCAUAAGGAAUUUGAAAAAAUGUAUCCAAACAUUCAAAAAACCAAAUGAUUAGCCGAAGCUUGAAAUGAUGUAUAUUGGGCAGCCGUAGUAGAUUAGCAACAAGCUAAAUGUAGGCUACUACGCAAGCACAUGCCUCCCCCUCUCGCUUUGGACUGGUGACUGCAUCGUGUAAACACAGAGCUCUUAAUCUGAUUUAAAGAGUGAGGAGAUGGACGCAGACAUUUGGGUUGACUGGGAUGACUUCAAGUUAUUUUAUUCUGUUUGCGGUGCCAGCCGAUCACUGCCGGUGAGACUAGUAUUAAAAUGGCGGCACCUCCCUAGCGAAUUUGCAAAUGUGUUAAUAAAAAUCAUACAAUCUAUGCUUAGUUUAAUCAAGUCUUUUUUCAGUGGCGUAAAUAUCGACAGUGCAACCGGUGCCCCCCCCGCUCGGAAGUCCUGUCCAGGGGAACACAAAAAAUAUUUGCACCGGGACCUAUCACCAUGAUGUUACGCCACUGACUUUGUUUGUCAUAUAACAAGCAAAAAGCAAAAAGGCAUUGAAUAGAGUUAGGUCUAAUAAUGACAGUGAACACACGUUUUGCUCCUUUUGCCCCAGACGCGCCACUAAUGAUCAAAAAGCUCCGCCACGCUUAGCUUUUGUGCUCAGUGUAGCUCCGCUUCUGACAAUAAAAGGGUUUCCUUCGAUUAUUUUCUUUUGCAAUAAUAUACAUGUUAACUAAGUGAAAAAAUGUGAUCACUGAUGCAAAAUAAAGAGUCAAAUUUUGUAAAA